AUGGUCGGGGUCACAGGCCAGGUUCAGCAGGUAGCAAGCAGCAUAGUACAGAGGGUCAGGCAGAGGGAUGGUCCGGGUCACAAGCCAGGAUCAGAACAGGGAUGGUCAGGGUCACAAGCCAGGAUCAGAGCAGGAGAAGUCAGCAAAGGACCAGAAACAGGAUGCAGGACAGAUACAGGGCCCAGGACAAAACACAACACCAAGGCAGAGUCUGCAAGUCUGGCCAUCCCUUAAAUACACCAGCAUCAUCAGUUCCAGGUGUUAGCUGGCUGAAAGGUUGAGUCUCUGAUUGCUGGGAGCACCCGCUGGCCAGCCCUGGUACUGCAGAUCAAAAGGCAGGUGAGUCCCACCAUUGCUGGCCAGUCCAUUCUAACAGUACCCCCCCUCAAGGAGCGGCCUCAGGACGCUCAAACACAGUCCUAGCUGGGCAAA